AUGUCUUCCAGGUCGCCGAGAGGCUCGCUCUCGGGUGCGUCAACCUCAGCUGAAGUCGCUGCCGACUUUGCGGAGUCACUGAGAGAUCUUCAAAACAACAACCGCUAUGAGAUCAGUAACCUCACCAUCAUCGCCAAGGAGAACACCGAGCACGCUCAAGAGAUCUCGAAAGCACUCGAGAAUCACAUCAAGACGGUAAGGAAGAUUGGGUACCUUAGGUCACAUGACCUAGUGCUCCUUUCUGUCGUGCGAUGAUUGCUGACUCUCCAACAGACUGCGGCGACGCGAAAACUCCCUGCACUUUUUGUGCUUGACAGCAUUGUCAAGAACGUCGGAACUCCGUAUACCGUGUAUCUCGGCCGCAACCUCUUCAGCACGUUCAUGGACGCCUAUACCCUCGUCGACGCUGCCACUAGGAGACACAUGGACCAGAUGCUCAAGACGUGGAAGGAGCCGGUACCGGGCUCGAUAGACCCUCGAUCGGUCUUCCCGGUGGACACUGUGAGGCCCAUCGAGAAUGCGCUCAUCAAAGCGAAGACUGCAGCACUUCAAAGCUCGAGACCGCCGAACGCUGCCUACAGAGGUACCGCGACACCACCCCAGCAUUACGGACAAUUUGCGACUCCACCGCAACAGCUUACUCCACAACCAUAUGGUAGAUACCCAAGUCAUCAGGUAAGUUGCUCUCGCUUCUACGUGUGACUACCCAUCGCUGACAGAAUCCUAGUCCACGCCGCAACCGUAUGCAUCAAAUCCGUACACUGCGCCGGGGCAGCCACCACUCCAUGACGUCGAAUCGAUCAAGCAUGAAAUUUCACUUCUCAUUCCACGGUUUCACCAAAAGAUAGCCAUGACACCUCACGACUCGCAGCUGCGUAGUCAAUUGUCAGCACUGGAGACGUUGAAUAGCAUGCUUGAUUCUCGGCCGUUCAGUCCGCAAGAACUUCAGCAGAUCCGCACCCAGGUAUCCGGCCUUUCUGCAGCUCUUCCGCCGCACCAUUAUGCACCACCAGCGCCCAAGCCUGUACCUACACCGCAGUGGCAGCAGCCUGUGUCCUUCCCACCGCCACACCAGCCGCCUCCACAAGCAUUCCCAGCAGCAAUACCGUUGCCUCUUCAUAACCCAACUGCUGCGGCCCCACCUCUACCACCAACAGCGAUCAACAACUUACAGGCACUUCUGGCGAGCGUGCCAAAACCAAGCACACCGCAGAUGCGCGCCGCGAUGCCCGAAAUUCGUGAUGCGAGCCACUCGCAGCUCCAUACGCUACAGAACAACGUAGCGGCGCCAACUACUAAUGGAGCAUCGGACCUCCUCUCUUCUCUGGCUCAAGCUGGCUUGAUGAAGCCGCCGACAACCUCGAUGCCAAUGCCUUUCAGUGCUCCUCCGGCGACCGCGACACCGGCAGUGGAUACAACUGCGUCGCUGCUCAAGUCCUUGCAAGGCAUACUCCCGAUGCCGGCGGCCAAUACACCGACACAAAUGCAACCUGCUUUACCAUUAGGUCUGGCCCCUGGACCGGUGACAGCUAAGAAUUUGAAGGUCUUCCGACCCGAGCUUGUCCACGCGCUGUACGAUGCGCAAUCGAACCAGUGUAAUAUGUGUGGCCGGCGGUUUGCAACUACAGAGGAGGGGCGAGAGAAGAAGAGCCGUCACCUGGACUGGCAUUUCCGAACCAACCAGCGCAUUGCGGACCCGAAUGCGAAUCGUGGACAUCAUCGGAAUUGGUACGUGGAUGAGAUGCAGUGGGCGCAACAAGUGGAGUUCGACCCCUCCACGACGACGGCAAGCGCAGCAGAUGCGGCAGCCUCGGCGGCGAAGCCGAAGAAGGGACCGCAGGAUCAGACGAUUCGCGCGCCGCCUGGCAUGACGAAGAACACAUGCAACAUCUGCUUCGAGGAGAUGAGGAUAUCGCGCUCGGAGGACCAACAGGACUGGGUGUUCACGAACGCGACGAAGCAGGGCAACAAGAUUGUACACGCCACGUGUCUGACGGAGAUGAUGAAGGGAGCUGGUGGCAGUGGUGCAGGAGGAUCGCUGGCGGCGGCAUUGGCCAGCGUGGGUGGGGGUCAGCGGGAGCGUAGCGCAACGCCCGACUCGCUGCUGGGGAAGAGGAAGGCCGAGUCGUCGAUGGGAGGAGGAUCCGUACGCUUGAAGACAGAGUGA